AUGUUGGUCCUGCAAAAUCUGCUCGCCCUCCUACCGCUCGCCGGCCUGGCCUCGGCCGCGUCGAUCCGCCUCGACGCGCGCAACAACGGCGGCUCCUCUGGUGUUGGCAGCAUCUCGUACGCCCAAGGCCCCUAUGGCCUUCACAACGCCCGUUGCGAGCAAGUGACCCUUCAAGUGCCCGUCAACAUCGAACUUUCCAACUUCACCUCUGUGCGCAACCAGUACGACACGCAGUCGUACAUCACGCGUCAGAUCAUCGACUUCUCCCUGGCCCCCGCCAACUGGACCGCGCGUCAUGGGCCUAGCACCACAGAGAAGUUUACGCUCAAUCGAUCGUUCCAGAUCAACGGCUACUACUGUACGCCGAUUCAGGGGGCUCGGGAGGGCAGUGCGCUGUGGAACCUCGUCCACGGCAUCGGCUUCGACUCCAGCUACUGGGAUUACACGCUCUCCCCCGAAUACUCGGUCGUUCGUCACGCCGCCAGUUACGGAUAUAGCACCUUCCGCUACGACCGUCUCGGCACGGGCGCCUCGGAAACCCCCUCCACGGGCGGAUUUGAUGUGCUUCGCGCCCAAACCGAGGUAGCCAUCUACCAAGGUGUACUGCAACAGCUGCGAAACACCAACAACGUUGGUGGCAAGCAGCAUUCCAAGAUUGUCGGUAUCGGUCACUCGUACGGCUCGGUGCAGACGCAGGCGGUUUCGAUGAUGAGCCCGGAGUUGUUGGAUGGUGUGGUUCUGACGGGUUACACGACCAAUGCUACCAACCUCCCCGGGUAUCUGCACGCCGCUGCGUAUCAGAUUGCCAAGAACACCCUCAGCCAGCUCUCCAACAAACCCCCCGUUUGGCUGGCGAGUGGUAGCGAGGCGGGCAACCAGAUCGCAUUCUUCUACCCACCUUACUUUAGCGAUGCCUCGUUCCGUCUGGCGCGCGCCACCGAACAGCCCGUCACCCUAGGCAGUCUGUUUUCAAUCGGCGCCGUCGGUGGACCGUCCAACUUCACCGGUCCAGUGCAGGUGGUCAACGGUGCGAAAGACUUCAUCUUUUGCAGCAGCAACUGCUGGGGUGGCCCCAAUGGUACCGCCAUCCCCGAUGGCGUCAAGGAGUUGUAUCCUCAAGCGAAGAACUUUACCAGUUACAUCGCUGAGAAUACCGGACACGGGAUCACGGCGCACUAUGCCCAGCCGAUGAUCGCUGAGGAGAUUGCUAGGUGGAUUGCUGACCAAGGACUGUAA